AUGUCUACUAUAACUGAAAGACUCGAGUAUGAGCGAGCGAAUCUUGGCAAGAUAGACAAUUAUUUAGAACAACUCCAAUCAAAGCUCACCAAAGAGUACCUUACAGAUGCAUUGAGCAAACAAGAUCGAUUCUACCAGCUGAAAUCUCCCACGGCUGACCAAGACGCCCAAAACAAGUCAAAACUGAAACUGUAUAAAGACCUUUCAUUAAAUCAAUUGAAUCAAAGGAAUGAGGAAGUAGAGCAACAGUUGCGCGAUUUGCGUACACUCCAGCAGAUUCAACUCAAUCUCAAUGAGAUUGAAUCCACAAUCGACAAUUUAAACAUUUCAAUGAGCUCGUUGUUAGAUUUGCAGCAUUUAAACACUUUAUUCAAAAGCAUAAAGGAUAAACUCACAUUGGAUUAUGUGAUAUGCAAGCAGGUUGCCAAAAAAGUCUCCAGUUUGCACCAGACUUUUAUGGCACGUUUGAAUGAUUAUUUACGAUUAGUAAUGCCUAAUGAGUGUACUAUUCAAAACCUCGCUAUUUUACACGAUUUCAAUUAUUUUGUGAUAAAGAAUGGAUACGUUUUGGACACAAUGGGAAGAUACAGAGAUUCAUGGGAUUUGAUUGUUGAUCGAAUCUUUAAUGCAAAUAACAAAAGUGAUGAAAUAAAGAUUGAAUUGCUUGAAAGAAAGGCUGGAGAGGAAGACGUGGAUGAAGAUUCAGUUGAAAUCAAGAUUGUACAAGCUUUUGACUCUAAUAAAAGCUUUCUCUCCAGCUUGUCGAAUUUCAUCAAAUUCAUUAAUGCAGUUAACGUGCCUUCCAUCAAACAAUUCUUAGAGUCCAAAAUCUCCAAGCUCAUAAUAGACAAGUUAUCGAGAAACAUCGAUUCCAUUAUCAAUGACCCUGCCCAAAUUGAUCAAUUGAAGCAACUUGUUAAAUUGUGCGAGGAAAAAAGUCAAAGCUGGAAUAUAUUAAGCAAAUUGGAAGGCCUGGGCAAAACAAUUGAGGAUAAGUUGCACUACCUACAUCAGGACUGGUUGGUUGACGAGUAUGUUAAUAAAGUAAAAGUGGCAAUUAUCCUGUCUGGAGUUGUACAAAGUGUUGCAAAGAUUAAUAUUAAAAGACUGCUGAAGGACACAGUUAAGGAAACUGUGAAUGUAGCACACAUGAAGGAGAUUGCACAGCACAAACAAGAGAGCCUUGAACAGACUGCACAAGCUGUUGUUGAAGAUGACAUUGAUGACGAUGCAGGUUGGGACGAAAAUUGGGAUGAUGGCUGGGACGUAGCUGAUGACAAUGAUAACGAAGAGGAUAAUGAUGGUGUGAAUGCACAUAUGGUCUCGAAAAAUGUAGAUUCAAGUCACAGGGAUGCAUCAAAGGAUAAAGAUAAAGAGACGAGGAACCAUGCUAAUAGGGAGAAUGAAGAAGAAAAAGAAAAAGAAGAAGAAGAAGAAGAAGAAAAAGAAGACGACAAAAAAGAAGGAAUAGAAAAAGUUUCUAUAUCAAGCAUACCCGAAAUAGUCAAGCCCAUAUUUAACGAAUUCUUAGGCAUUGCACCCAAGGAAAUAAAUUACCUUGUGACAACGAUUAAAGCAUUGGCCACGGUGCUUUAUCCCAACCCCAAAACAUCAUUUCUAUUGUAUAAUGAUUUUACUUUACUUUCCCAGGAGCUUUCGCACGACUCAUUUGCCCAAUUUGCCGAACAUACAUGGAACCAAGUCACAAUGGAAGUGUACCUGGAAUUGAAGCAACUCAUCAACUCGUUGGAUUUUAGUUUGGAUGUUGAGCUUGAAGAUGAGAGUGUUUUGGAUGAUUACAAUUUAAAUCAAAUCAGCUUGUUGUACAAGUGGUUUCAAACCUUGUUCGAAGAGACGGAACUACAAGCCACAAACCCGAGAAAAUUCAAGUUCUUUGUGGCAGAUCUGAUCGAUUUCAUAAACAAUAUAAUUAUGAGCAAAAUUAUCAGCAUGGAAGAUAUAGGGGAAACACAGUGUACGGUGAUCUCACUUACUGUGGAAAGCUUGAACAAUGUCACGGUACCUUACCUUACAUCUCUCGGAAUCCCACAAAAGACAAUUGAGUCGUAUAAUAAGCUAGAUAAUGUCAAAUUUUUACUAAACAACCAUUUGAAAGAUAUAAUGGAGAGGUUCUACCAAGGCGAGUUAUUCGAUCUCAAUACCGAGGAAAUUAUUGGGUUGCUUCGAAGUGUAUUUUUACCCAGUGAAUUGCGGGAUGGUUACAUUGAUGAAGUAAAAGAGUUUAGAAAUAUGAGCUAG